UCGAACGCGACGCUAUAAACAGCAGUUGCGUUUUUGAUUUCCAACAAGCAGCACACAAAACAGCGCUAACGACAAAGAUCGAACUCAUUGAACACAAUUAAAUAAUCUGAAGCAAAGAUGAAAUUUUUCAUUGCAAUCGCUCUAGUUGCUAGCCUCAGCUCUCUGGCUCUGGCCAAGGAGGAAGAGUACUGCCAGAACAGCGUGCUCACCGCCUGCUCUUCGUCGACCUUCUCAGCAAACUCUAUCUGUAAUGCCCGUUUCGCUGGCAUCGACCAUAUUGAGCCCGAGGUCCAGGCCUACAUCAACUCGCAGCUGACCAAGUCCUAUGACUACCUGUUGCUGGCCACCCACUUCAACUCUUACCAGAAGAACCGCCCCGGCUUCCAGAAGCUGUACCAGGGUCUCUCCGACCGCUCUUUCGACGACACCAUCGCCCUGAUCAAGCAGAUCACCCGUCGCGGUGGAAUCGUGGACUUCAACACCCGUCAUGAGUCGCCCGCUUCCGUGAGCACCCAGCGCAGCACCCUGGAGGUCGACGAACUCCACUCCCUGGCUUUGGCUCUGGAUAACGAGAAGCAGCUGGCCGCUGGAGCCACCCAUGUCCACACCCGUGCCACCCACGCCACCGAGCGCGACCCCGAGCUGGCCCACUACAUCGAGGAGAACUUCCUGGGCAAGCAGGCCGAGACCGUGCGCAAGCUGUCCGGCUAUGCCAACGACCUGGCUAAGCUCAUGAAGGUGCCGGACCCAUCCCUGUCCGUCUACCUGUUCGACGAGUACCUGCAGAAGCAGUAAGACGUUACUGAGGAGUCUUCUCCCCCUCCAACACACUAUCUUCCUUUCCCUCAAAAUUGCUCUCAUCAUCCCGAAGAUAACGUUUAAAUUUGAUUUGUUUCCUUGGUUUGUUCACCAAUAAAUCGCAGUGCAGCAGCAGCAUUAUCAAAGCAAUAUUUGAAUGAUUUAUACAUACAAUCCUACCCAACAUUCACCUUGAUUUACCAGCACGCCAGCACACCCGAGAUUGUGAUAAUGUUAUCAUUAUUAAGUUAGCAAGUUCGCCCCAACAAAUGUAUCUUUAGCCAUGUAUGUUACCGCGUGAACAAAUAAACACAACAAAGUAACUAAAUAUCAACUAGAAAA